CAAAUCUGGAUAAAUUAUCAUUCUGUUUCGUUUUGAUCGUUGCGGAUAAUCAGGGACAACUCCAACUACCCCGUUCCGUUUCUAAGCACGGCAUGCAUGACCACCAUAACCGUAACCAUAGCUAUUCCCACACCUAAACCACACUAACAAUGGCUUUAACUUGGCCCCAUCUGCUGAAGUUUCGUUCUCAACCUUUCUUCUCCGAUCUUACCGAAUCCAGCUCUCUUGAACUGCCGUACACUUAUUCCCUCACCGUACUCCGCCGGAGAAAGAUCUCCGUUCUGUCUUCGCCGGCGCUGAAAUCCGUGAAAUGCCUCAGCAGAUCCACGGAGGAGAAACAGUGGAGCGAUUCCGAAACCGCCGUGUCAGACUCCAAUGAAGCUGGAGAUAAUCCAAAUGAUCAGGCUCCGAACCGAACUUCCGUUCCUGCAAACGAUCGUGUUGAGUCUCAGAGGACUGCCACCGCAUCUUCUGGCGAUUCUCUCUUGCUCGGAAUUCGCGAGCCUGUUUAUGAAGUUGUAGAAGUGAAGUCAAAUGGGACAGUAUCAACAAGAAAAAUCAACAGGAGAGAAUUGUUGAAGUCAAGUGGUCUUCGUCCACGGGACAUUCGAAGUGUGGAUCCGUCAUUGUUUUUGACAAAUUCAAUGCCUUCAUUGCUGGUCCGUGAGUAUGCUAUACUUCUAAAUCUGGGUUCACUACGAGCAAUAGCAAUGAAAGAUCGUGUACUUAUAUUUGACUAUAAUCGUAAAGGAGGGAAAGCUUUUCUAGAGUCAUUGCUGCCUCGGUUGAACCCCAAGAACAACAAUGGAGGGCCAUCAAUGCCAUUUGAACUUGAGGUUGUUGAAGCAGCAUUGCUUUCAAGAAUACAGCGUUUGGAGCGGAGACUAAUGGAUUUAGAACCACGUGUUCAAGCUCUUCUUGAGGCCUUGCCAAAUCGGUUAACUGGGGACAUAUUGGAGCAACUUCGUAUUAGCAAACAAACUUUGGUUGAGUUAGGUUCUAGGGCAGGUGAGCUCAGACAGAUGCUGCUUGACCUUUUGGAGGACCCCCACGAAAUACGCCGUAUAUGUAUCAUGGGAAGAAACUGCACAAUUAAUAAAGGAAACAAUGCUAUGGAAUGCUCAAUGCCCGUAGACAAGCAGAUUGCUGAACAGGAGGAGGAGGAAAUUGAGAUGCUUCUGGAAAAUUAUCUUCAAAGAUGUGAAUCUUGUCAUGGCCAAGCUGAAAGGCUUCUUGAUUCUGCAAGGGAAAUGGAAGAUUCUAUUGCUGUCAGUUUGAGCUCACGAAGACUUGAGGUUAGCAGAUUCGAACUGCUUCUCCAGGUUGGAACAUUCUGUGUGGCAGUUGGUGCCCUUGUAGCAGGUAUAUUUGGCAUGAACCUGAAGUCCUAUCUUGAGGAACAUGUGUUUGCAUUUUGGCUGACAACAGCUGGGAUAAUUAUUGGUGCUGUUAUUGCUUUUUUUCUUAUGUAUUCUUACCUCAGGGCAAGGAAAAUAUUUUGAUUGGAAGAAACUUCAAAUUUAGGUGAUGUCUGACUGCAAAGAAAAUUAAGCACCCUACAAAUUCAGUGUUUGUACAUGAGGAUCAAUCAUCCAAAAUGGGUUUGAAAGUAUUUAUGAUAUUACUCACGUUACUGAACGUGACGAUCGUUAGUUUUUAUUGUUGUUUUGGAGGGGGGUAGACAAUUUUGUAUUAUUCAUGAGUUCAUAAUGGCUAUGAUACUCCUGAUAGAUUAUCAUUCUACAUUUGGUUGUUUCCUGUGUGGGUGUGUUGUAUUGUGUGUGCUAAAACAUUCUUCAACUCUAUCUCUAGGGUCAAGGUUUCAAUAUGUAUAGCCACUGCUUUAAAAAGGUAGUUGAAUUAAAUUAUAAAGAUUGUAAAUUUGGGAGCUAAUAUACAAUAUAGUCCUUGGAGUGUGAUAGACUCGAGUUCUAUCAAGGAAGAUGAAAAGAAGGGAAAGAGGAUGAGAGAACAGAGAAGGAAGUAAUUUGUCUUAUUUCAUCAAUAAUCCCUCUUACACUGAUUUUCCCCCUUUUAUACUCUAAACGCAUUUCAACAGAAAACAGAAAGUAAAACAACAACAUGCAACUCAUUCACUAUCUGCUAUGGACCACUAAUGAUACAACUGUGUAUUUACAACCAUUAUUGUUUGCUAUGCCUACUCUUCAAAUCUCCUUGGCUUUCUACUCACUCUCUUGGAUCUUCUUUCUGCAAUGGGCCUCUCUAGUUCUGGUUCCACUUCCUCUUCAACACUUGCAUGUAGCUCUGGUUCCAUCUCUUUUCCUUCAGCUGCUGUCGGUAUUGCUUCCAUAGUUUUUGCAGCUUUGUGUACUUCAAUUGGACCCUGAUCACUGGAUUGUGAAAUUGGGUCAUUGAACUCUUCUAUUGGGCUGUUGCACAUUGGGCCCGUAUCAGAGUGGUAACUUGUAUUGUUGUAG